AUGAUCUUUAAACCACCUUCUAUCACCAGCAAACCCAUGGAGUCAGAACCAGGAAUGCAGAAAAUGGAAAUAGCCCGAAUGUUCCAUAAUUUAAAGGAACCUGUCAACUAUGUUUGCACCUUCAGUUUUGUCAUGGCUCAUGCAUUUUCCUUUUGGUUUUCGUUACAGCAAUUAGAACUUAUUACUCCAUUUCAGCUUUACUUUAACCCAGAAUUGAUAUUCAGACAUUAUCAGAUAUGGCGGCUAGUUACAAACUUGUUUUUUGGACCAUUUGGAUUUAAUUUUUUAUUUAAUAUGAUUUUUCUAUACUGAUAUUGCAGGAUGCUUGAAGAAGGUUCAUUCUGGGGUCGAACAGCAGAUUUUGUAUUUAUGUUCCUCUUUGGUGGUUUUUUGUUAAUGAUCUUUGGGUUGUUUGUCAAUCUUGUGUUUUUUGGGCAAGCUUUUACAAUAAUGCUUGUGUAUGUUUGGAGCAGAAGGAAUCCUUAUGUUCGAAUGAAUUUCUUUGGUCUGCUAAAUUUUCAAGCACCUUUCUUACCGUGGGUGCUUAUGGGUUUUUCUCUGCUGCUGGGAAAUUCCAUUAUUGUGGAUCUGAUAGGCAUUCCAGUUGGCCACAUAUAUUUCUUCUUAGAAGAUGUGUUUCCAAAUCAGCCUGGAGGUGGUAGAAUUCUUAAAAGUCCAAAUAUUUUGUAA